AUGAUAGUAAAAUUAAAUUAUUCUUUUUAUUUAUUUUUUUUGUAUUUUUUUUAUAUCAAUUUUCAAUAUAUUCAAUCCGUAAUAUGGGAUGAAAUAAGUGAAGAAGAGAGAAAAAAUAUAAAACAUUUAACUCACGAUGUUGAGCUGCAAAUUUAUAGCCAACAUUCUCAAAAUGUGAUUGCUUUGUUUUGUAACGAUAAAGAAUUAAAAUGUAAAAAUGUAUAUAAAGAAUUUGUUGAUGCAUCAAAUGAGUUACCAGGUGAUGAAGUAGUUUUUGUAUAUGUUGAUACAUUAGCACUUCCAAAAACGGCUGAUAACUUUGAAAUAAAAAUUGUACCUAAAAUUUUAACAUUUAGAGAUUUUGAUCCAGAAAAAGGAUAUACAUUUAUUAAGAAGUAUACAAAAAACAAUAUAUUAGAAUGGUUUAGAUUGUUACCAGUACCAUCUAUUGAAGUUAUGAACAUAAGCAAUGUGGAAAAAUAUGUUGAAUUACAAAAAAAAAAAGGAUAUGCUAGCAUUAUUGCAUUUGCUGUUAAGAAUUCUGAUAAUGCUCAUAAAUUUUUUCAUUUUGGCGAAACUCAUAAAAUACCUAAUUUAUCUGUUGGCUUAGCAUAUGUUGAAAAAGAAGAAAAAAUAGAAAUUUUUAAUGGACCAGGAUCUACUAUCCCUAAUGAUUUAAUUAAAUAUAAGGAUGUAUAUAGACCAGAUAAUAAUGUUUGGAUUUCUGAUCAAAUACAUAAAUUUACUAAAGAUUAUAUGGAUCAAUUUCCAAUUAUUAUUGAUUAUAGUAGAAAAGUAAUUAAACCAAUAAAUAAUGAUAUUUAUUUUUAUAUUUUUAGUCAUAUAGGAGAUUAUUCAGAUUCUAUAUAUGCAGAAUUAUACAAUGUUAUAAAAAAUCAUCCUGAAAUUAAAUUUGUAUUUCCUAAAAGUGAAGAAAGAUCUGAAUUGUUUCAAGUAGAACACGAUAUAAAUUUAAUAUGUAUCUUAGAUUAUAGGAACGCAUCAUUUGAUGCUGUAUAUCAGUUGCUCAGACCAAAAAAAUUCAUUAAGAAGAUUAAUGAAGAUAUAAAAUCCGAGAUUGUAGAAAAAUUUAUUGAGGAUUUUUAUAAUAACAAAAUUACUCAAUACAGAAUAUCUGAGAAACCUGUGAAAAGAAGACAACAACAACAUUAUCAAAAAAUAUGUACAAAUAAUUUUGAAUCUUUUGUCUUUGAUCCUCAAAGAAUUAUUUUGCUUUUUUAUCAUGUUCAAGGAUGCAAAGAAUGUAAACCAAUAUUAUCUUUUUGGGAAAAUGUGUCUAAUUAUUUUCACUUAGAACACAAAUAUAAAAAUGUUUUAGUUGCAACAAUGGAUGCAAAAUUAAAUGACAUGAUUGAUGAAUCCAUUGAAUUUUUCCCAAGCUUAGCCAUUUAUCCAAAUGGAGAAAAUAAAUUAAAAAGAAGAAAAGUUUUGCUAUUUCCUGUCAAGUUAGAUACUUUAAUUGACAUGGUUGAUGAAAUGUUAGAAGAUGUAGAAGAAGAUUUAUAG